CUUAACUACAUAUUUCAAAUUUCAGAAUAAAAUGAUCUUUAAGUUUUUGACCUGUUUCCUUUUAGCUGUAAAUCAGGUUCAUAGCAGGGGUCCCCAGCAUGUAACCUGUGGGAGUGUUGUUAAACUGAUAAACUCCGGACACAAGAUCCGUCUGCACAGUCAUGAUGUCAAGUAUGGAUCAGGGUCUGGUCAACAAUCCGUCACAGGGAUCACUCUCUCCGAGGAUGUGAACAGUCACUGGACGAUAAAGGGACCCGGAGAGCUGAACUACUGUACACGAGGAGAACCUGUACAGUGUGGACAGAAGAUAAGAUUAGAACAUCUCACAACUCAUCGUAAUCUUCAUUCUCAUCUAUUCUCCAGUCCUCUCUCUAAUGCACAGGAAGUAUCUGCAUUCGGUGAAUCUGGUGUAGGAGAUACCGGAGAUGUCUGGAGCGUGAUUUGUGAAGGAGAUUUCUGGAACAGGGACGGGAAGGUUCGGUUCAAGCACCAGGAUACUGGAGUUUAUCUUGCUGCCAGUGGACAUGCUUUCGGUAGACCAAUCAAUGGACAGAUGGAGAUUGUUGGAUCUAGUUCUGUAGAUGGAUCUACCAGCUGGACUGCUCAGGAGGGAGUUUAUAUUCAUCAGUCAGAUUUUAAUCCAAACAAAUCCACAUUGGGGCACGAUGAACUUUAAACAUUUUCUUGUGUUUGCACAAAACUGUGAUAUUUUAGUUGUUUCCUCAGUCAAGGAUUUCUUGCAGUUUUUUUCUCUUAGAUUUAUAAAUUGAAUCGGAAUCUUAACAACUUAGUAAAACUUAACGGGAACUUAAGUAGAUCAGUAAAUUUUCCUACUGACAUGUACAAUCGUGUACACUGUACGAUGUACAUUCAUUUUCAGUAACGCUAACUUACACGAUUUUAUCCUUGUUAGUGAACAAAGUUGUUAGUCAUUUUAUGAUUUUUUUUGUCAAAAACAGCAUGAUUGUCAUCAAAUAUUCGUCUGAUCGUUGACAAAUAUUAUUAGCUUUAUAAGUUAUGCUAUUUUAAGAUAUGUCGUUUUUUUCUAAUUUUAACUAUCCCUCUGCUCCCACAAAAAUAAAAAAUAAGAAAAUUAUAAAAUUUAGUAAUCUGCUCAACAGAUAUCAAUAUUAAAAAUAUAUUGAACGUUGAUGAUCUUUCUUCAAUAUUUGUUCUCUUAAAUUGUUGGAUUGCUUGUAAAAAACCCAGAGCAGAGAAACCUGCCACGUAAACCUUGCCGAGAGCUUUACUAAAAUAAAAUUAGAAAAUGUUAUCGUAUACAACUCUAGAUUUGGUUUCAUCAGAAAUUGUCAUCGUACGUUAUUUCUCAGUUGUCGUCCGAUGUUUAUCCUAAUUUUGUCAGUUUUAUUGUAUUACGGUUACAAAGUGCAUAGUGCAAAACAUGAAAGUUGUUUAUGUGAAAAUUAUCAGAAAUCUGUAGUCAUUUAGUAUUAUAAGUGAUGUGAACUCGAUUAUAUGUUUUUUUUUUAUGUGCCUUUAUUUAUAAUCUCGUCAACGUGGUUCUUUAUUUCAG